CCUGCUACCUUUAAAGACUCAGGUGUCCAGGCCUACAACCACUACUACUGCCUCCAACCCUCUUCCCACCUCCCCUACUAAAGGGGAUGGAGACAGAGAGACUCCAGGAAGAAAAGGAAGAUGAGAUUGAGCAGUGUCCUCCCCAAGGUGAUCAAGGCUGGCCCCCUCUGAAUACUAUCAGGCCUUGGAGAUCUGCACCCCCAACCCCUCCCCAUUCCAAGGACAACACAGCCCUCGGACCUCGUUCGGCCUCCAUGCUCUCCCUGCAGACAGAACUCUUCCUGGACUUAGUAGCAGAAACUCAAUCCAAAAGGCUAGAAGGGCAGAGAGCCACCUUCCACACUCCCCCUGGCUCCCUAGCUGCAGCCUCAGCCAGCGUCCAGGUUACAGAGGACAGAGACCAGCUUUACAGCACCAUCCUCAGUCACCAGUGCCAGCGAAUUGAAGCUCAGCGGUCAGAUCCCCCCCUUCCACCAGGAGGGCAAGAACUCCUGGAGUUGCUGUUGAGGGUGCAGGGAGGAGGCCGAAUGGAGGAGCAAAGGUCCAGACCUCCUGCACAUACCUGCUAAGAUCUCCCAUCUCCUCCUGUUUGGGGGGGUGGGGUAGGGGGAAGAAGGGGCUGAGAACACAGCAGAAUUCUCAGCACAAGUCUGUCUCAGGGGACACUAGGGACUACAGGAGGUAGUGAACCGCUUCAGAAUCAACUUCCCAACUCCAUUCUCUGUGGGUGUAGUGAUGCUGAGACACCCCCCCCCCCGGACUUUCCCCACUGAGGCCAGGACACCUGGAAUUCCUCCAGAAGAGUCAAGCUUGGGGAUAAGAAAGACAAGAGCACUGAGGGGGAGAGGGAGGGAAAGGGGAAUCCUGGUCAUUUAAAUCCUCUCUGGAGGACACCUGCCCCCUUUGUCCCACUUGGAUCUGAAGUGCUGAGGUCAGAAUGGAAUUCAGUCUUAAGGAAGGACUGAAAGACUAUCCAGUCAACAAGAUGUGUAUUGCCAGAAAAUGUUAGUAUCCCAAAGGUUUCUCUGCCCUCCAAAGAAACUCCCUGGGGAAGUGCAAAUAGGAUGGCAUCUCUCCACUUGACCCCAAGGUAACCAUCACUGCCCCUUGAGCAGGACAAAUCUUUGGCCCUCCCACCCUGCCUUCGAGGAGACCUAGGAAGGGGAGGGUUGCCUGGAUCAACAACUGAGACCUCUUUCCCGGCUUCCCUUCAGUGAUUGGAAAGGCUUGCGGGUAUCUGGGGGAAGAAAUUAAGAAUCUUCUGCCCCCUCACCCUGCUCUAGAGAGGACUGGAUAAAGGGGGGGAGGCCCAAAGACUGAGGGAUCAGAGACAUCCCACCCUUUCUCCUUCACCCCACCUCCCUGGACGCUCAAUGUUUCAGUUUCGUGAAUAAAUUGAAUUUCCUUCUCA